CGAGGUUUCUGGUAAGGCCAAAAAGCACUUAUCUGCAAGCUUCUUAAUUUGAAACCAACCAUUUGGUGCCUUUGCCUCGAGCUUUAAGCCUCAAACUGGUUGAACUGAUCUCUCUGAGCUUACCUGAAAUACUAAUAAACUAGUCGUAGAAGAAGAAGAAGAAGCAAUGCCCACUUUGAAUCUGUUCACGAAUGUUCCGGUAGAUGCUGUGGUUGCGUCUGACAUUCUGAAGGAUGCCACUAAAGCUGUUGCCAAAGUCAUUGGCAAGCCCGAGUCUUAUGUGAUGAUACUGCUGAAUGGAGCAGUGCCUAUGGCAUUUGCCGGUACAGAAGAACCAGCUGCAUAUGGAGAGUUGAUCUCCAUUGGGGGCCUAGGGCCCAGUGUUAAUGGAAAAUUGAGUUCAACAAUUGCAGAUAUUCUUGAAACAAAGCUCUCUGUAGAUAGCUCGCGGUUUUAUAUCAAAUUUUAUGAUGUUCAGCGCCCAUUCUUCGGGUUUAAUGGCUCAACAUUUUGACUGGGGUGUACUCAAAGCAACAGAUAAGUCGGAGGAGGUGUUGAAUAUUGAAACUCAUGCUCCAUGUGGCCAUUUUCAUACCUUUCUAUGUAAUCCCUCUUUGGAGAGAGAGGAGAACUCCAUGAAUUCGUCUGUCAUGGGUGAAAACUUCGUUCUAAUAUUAGUCAAGAUAUUGCUUGAUUUUGUUUGCA